AUGUCGGACCGAUGGGAGAAGUGGCCAGCGGGCUUCAGCAGUUGGAGCAAUGAACAGUGGUCGAGCUGGCAUGCUGUCAGUGGCGCAUCUGGGAGUGGUGCUGCAAGUAGUGCUGUGCCAGCACCACCGCCACCGCCGCCGCCACAGGCGGCGGAUGAUGACAAGGAGGAGGAGGAAGAAGAAGAUGAAGCUGAGCAGACCCAUGGGCAGGGUCAGGGCGGCAAGAGCAAGAGGAAGAGAGCCAAGCGAAAUGGCCCCAAGACCAGGGGCGCCGGUCAGCGCGAUCGGGAAUGGUUCAGGCAGAAGGCGGAUCAUCAGCGGCGGGUCAAGGCGGAGGCUCAGCUGGAAGAGAUGAUCGAGAGGGAGUCCUUGAUGGUCGGCGAGACUUGGGCUGCGGAGGUGCUGCUGACGGAGAAAGAGCGUCAGCUUCAGCUUGCGACUGCCACCUCCGCGGAGCUCAGAGCCAAGUGCUCCCUCGAUGUGGCGCUGGCACGGAAGGAGCAGGUGCGCGUCUUGUGGAGCCAGUCGGAGGAGAAGGCCUACAAUCUGAACCUUCAGCUUCAGGCCGUUCAAAAGGCUAACUCCGAGAGACUGACGGACGUGACCGCUGCACGGGCUUCGCUGGAGAAGGCCCAGAACGACUUCCAGGACUACAAAGCUGACAAGGAGAUGAAGAUCCAGCGGCUGGAGAACCAGAUAUUUCUGGAACGGGUGGAGAAAAACCGGCUGGAAGAGGAGCUGGCACAAGCCAAGAAGGAUUUGACCAUGGGGAAGGCUGGCUUCAUCACCCAAGUGGCUUCCAAGGAGAAGACAAUCGCAUCUCUCAAGAAGGAGAAGGAUGCUUUGGCCGACCUCGUCUCUGAGUUUGAGCGGCAGUUUUCCAAGGCCAGUGCUAAGAGCCAGGGCAAGUAG